AGAACUCCGCACAGGCAGAGCGCUUUACCUCCCCAAACUCACGCAGCAGCCAGACGCACCAGAGGAGCGCGAGGGGGCUGCAGCAAGAGGAAAGUGCCUGUGGACUUUACCCAAACCAGAAACUCAAUACUUUUUACGCGCAUCGAUCAGCAUAGUUCAGCUUUUUUUUCUGCAUUUCUGUCUUGUUAUUACUCUGAUUUCUUUAUGUAGUGAAUGGUGAAUCGUCUGUCUAAGCCGCAUUGAGUUCCAUUCAUUUUAUUGCUGAAAAAGAAAGACCAUGUUGUCUGCUUCUGAAUCCUUCUGGAGGAUGAUCCGGCUGGCUGUGACAGUGGCGCUCAUGUCAGCGUGCAGAACGUCACAGGACGAGUACCUCGGCUGGCACUCGGACAUGUACGGGCCCAGCUACGGCAAGCCACCCCAGUGCGUGGACAUCCCGGAGGACCUGCGGCUCUGUCACAACGUGGGCUACAACCAGAUGCUGCUUCCCAACCUGUUGGAGCACGAGACCAUGGCGGAGGCGAAGCAGCAGGCCAGCAGCUGGGUGCCGCUGGUGUACAAGAACUGCCACCCGGGCACGCAGGUCUUCCUCUGCUCGCUCUUUGCGCCCGUGUGCCUGGAGCGACCCAUCUACCCGUGCCGCUGGCUGUGCGAGGCGGUGCGGGACGGUUGCAGCCCCAUUAUGGAGGCGUUUGGCUUCCCCUGGCCGGAGAUGCUCACCUGUGACAAGUUUCCCCAAGGCGACGUGUGCAUUGCUAUGACGCAGCCCAAUGCGACCGAGGCCUCCAAGCCCACAGGUUACUCUCCCAUCUGCCCUCCAUGUGACCAUGAAAUGGAAACAGAUGCCAUGCUUGAGCACAUGUGUGCCAGCGAGUUCGCUUUCAAGGCCAAGAUCAGGGAGGUGAAGAGAGAAAACAUGGACCGCAAGGUGAUCCUGCAGAAGAGGAAGAAGAUGUUGAAAGAGGGGAACCUGAGCAAGAAGGACAUGAAGACGCUGGUAUUGUACUUGAAGAACGGCGCAGACUGCCCCUGUCAGCAGCUGGACAACCUGGGAAACCAGUAUCUAAUCAUGGGCCGCAAGGUUGAUAAGCAGCACCUGCUCACAGGCAUCCACAAGUGGGACAAGUCCAGCAAAGAGUUCAAAAAGGCCAUCAAGAAACUCAAGAGCUACAAAUGUCCCGCUUUUGAGAACGUCUUCAAAUAAUAUCCCCCCCCCCCCCCCCCCAACUCUUUUGGUCGCAUCUCAUCCUACAUAUGAACUUGCACAAGCAUUAAAAUCCCAAACUUUGCUUUCUGUUGUCCUGUUUAUAUAUCUAUAUAUCUUUGUAUAUUUACAGAUAUACUUUGAAAUGUGCUUUCUUACGUUGUAGUUGAUUAUGGCGAGUGUUAAAGCCCUUCCUCACUGAAAUCAUUUCCACUAUACGUAUGUAGAUACUUUGUUACACUUUCGUUCAACAAGUCAGUGGAUUUUGCUUAAAUGGAUAGUUGAAGUAGUUUGGGAAAUACACAUUUGCUUUAUUACUGAGAGCCCAAUGAGUAGAUUGAUUCUACUCUCUAGACAUGAAAGUGGUAUUGAUCUUUUCAUCUAACUCUAAGCAAGAAAAAAUAUUCUUUAACAUCUCUCUCCUUGUGAUAAAACCAAAUCAUAACACUAGUGAUUAGACUUCAUAAUUGGUAGUUGCAGGUAGUUGGAGCUUCAAAAGCCACAUGUAGGCCUACAGAGCAGCUCCACAUAGGGUUACUGUUAGUGUAUUGACAGAAGUAUGAGAGAGUGCUGCCGUCAGCUGAUUGUUUUGUCAAACUAAAGACUGCACUACCAAUCAUUUUAAUCAUAUCCUUUUCAUUGUUACCUCUAUUUUCAUUACUUGAACAAUCUUAAAAGAAGAACCACCAGUCUCCAUCAUGAGACGACAUGUACAUGCAACAUGCAGAUUUCUUUUUUUCUUGUUGUGUGUUGUCACCUGACACUUGGCUAAAUUUAUUUUUAUUUUUUAUUUUUUACCACUUUUCUGUCUUUUUAGAUCCAUUCCAACUGCAGUAAUCAGUGUUCAUCGGUAAUGGAAAAUGCUCUGUGGUCAUGUUUAAACAUGCUAAAGCUAUCAAGUUGUAAAUAUUCCCAACUCUGUGUUCUGUUUGUUUUGCUCAACUUUUGCUGGCCUGUUUUAGCACUAUUUUGUUUCAGAUUUGAAUGUCAGUAGUGCAUUGCUGCCUAUUACAUGUACAUAACAAAAUUUUACAUAAAUAUGGAAAACUGA